AAGCGAAGCGCACAGUUCGGUUGUGUGUUUGGAUAAGAUUAUUCGCCACGCGGAGAGAUGGACAUCGAAGAAUUUAUAGAAUGUGUGAAGAAGUAUCCGAUAUUAUAUAACACGAGGCACAAGGAAUAUAAAAAUCUGGCGAAAAAAGCAGAUGUUUGGGAAAUAGUUGCGAGCGAAAUGGGUGAAUCAAGUGAGGUAUUGCGCACAAAAUGGAAAGGAUUAAAAGAUGGUUACACUAAAUAUAAAAAACAAAACCAAGGAGAGGGUGGUACAUUCAGUUCUAAGACAUUUAUUAACUGGCGCUGGGGUCCGAAUUUGACAUUCCUGGAUGAUUUCGUAAGGGAGAAACCACCAAACACAACUAAUAAUCGUAGAGAUUCUGCUACUGAUAUAUCUAUAUUGUCACAGGAUGAUAGUGUUUCGCAUUCUCCAGUAUCUGAAUCGUCACAUCAUCAAACAAUACCUGUCACUUUAAUACUUGAAUCUAUGGACGAUGACACAUUAGAAUACGAUCAAUGUAUUUCAUUGGAUCCAAUCAUAUCAACACCCACUCCACCUAAAGUAGUAAAGUUGGCACCUCGACCGUCACACAAAGUAUCUGGAUCAUCUCAAAGUCCAGCUGUUUCGACAAAACAAGACGACGAUGUUGAGAAGAUACUUAGCUUCCUGCGAAGUAAACAUAAUGACAUUAAAAAAUGCGAUGCAGUUGAUGAUCUCUUCAAAAGUUACGCUAAAACGUUCAGAAAUUUCUCAGUACAAACUCAGACAGUGUUGAAAGUGGAAAUGGCAAAAUUGUUUGCGAAUGCAGAACUGCGCGAAUAUAAAAUGAAUAACAAUUGAUCGACAACACGAUACCUUUUUAGCUGAUAACGUUAAUUGAAAUUGUACAAUAGUAAAAUAUUAAAUUCGGUUAUUAAUAAAAUUCUGUUAACAAUGCAUAAGUUGAAGUUUAAUCAAUGUCAUCUAUGUGGAAUACAAUUAGCUAUCUCCACGAUGAAUACACAGAUCAAACUUAAACAUGAAAAUAUUUGAGGUAAUUGUGAAUAUGUAAAUAGAUAAAUAUUACGAAUUAUUUCACCACUAACCGAAAAGAUGAUCUUUGAUAAGUUUUGAGGCGGAUCAAUACUGUUUUUUUUAUUAAGUAAAUAAUUUUGUUUGUGUGGUACUUUAUGAAACAUAUAAAAGUACUUGAACGAUAUUUUCCAUAUUUAUUUACCACUUGUUCUUUAGAGCCGUGGAACCUUACUCACCCAAAGAAAUAUUAUACCACCAAGAGUUUAGUAGUGUUUUUUCAUUGUGGUCUUCUGCGAAAUGCAGGUUACUUUUCCAGGCGGAUGCUCCAAUUCGAG